UAUCCAUUUUUUUACCCUUAUUUUCUUUAAUACACACUCUCUCUUUCCCUCCCUUUUCGUCUCUCUCACCUUGUGAUUGUUAUGAUUGCUGUGCGUUCCUCUGCCAGGGCCUGCAGGAAGAGUGAGUUAGUACUUGUCAGCGAGCGCAGGUAUGCACUGUGGACACCGGCUGCUGGGGCGAGGAGGAAGACGCUUGUGUGCAGGGGGGGCUGCAGAGCAAGGCUCCAGAUCAGCCACAAGAGGGAGGCGGCACGGUGAACAAGAACAAGGAGAAGAACCGGCCAGAAGAUUUUGAAGAGUCUCAGCUGAGUUAGAAAACAAAGACACUGAAGGAGAGGAGGAGAGGGAGAAGGUGGCGAGGGAAACCGGGAGGAACACAAGGCAGCAAUGGAUAGCAGAGUGGCUCAGCCUGACCCUGGGAUAGCUUGGAUUCACACACAGCUGCUGGCUGCCGGCCAGCACACACACUAGGCUGCUAACACCAAUGAGCUCCCAUGUGUUCGUUCAGCCAUGCUUCCUGGGUAUGGAUUCUCACCUUUUCCUGACUUCCAACCUCACCUUCACGCUUUUCGCUGCCGAGGAGAGAGUCCCAGCAUGUGGAUCCCUGGCUCGGGGGAAUCCCAGGCUCUGAGCGAGGCCCAGGAGGACAGGACUUUGCUCCACCCGUGCCGCCACAAGCAUGUAGCAGUGUGCCAGCAGGAGACAUUGGCCUUUAUUGAGCUACAACCACCAGUGACUCCUAAACUAAACUGUCUUGGUUCUCCGAGGCCCCCUGCUAUUCCAGAGGCACAAUGCACUACACACACCCGGCCACUGAAUGGUUUCAGACACACACUGAAUGAACUGAAUGACAUGCAAAACCGCUGCCACAGGACAGACAAUGAGCAGGAAACAAUGCUGAAUUUGAACUGUCACACAUCUGCAGGUGACUGUGAGUUUGAAUGUCUGAAUGGCAUCAGGACUUCUUUGCAGGAGCAGACAGAAAAGCCUCAUUCUGUCACAACAGUAUGUCGUCCUCUCCACGCAGCUCUUAGCCUCGAUCUGCCUUUCCCUUUGUCCUCUCUUUACACUAACACAGACCCCUGGGAAUCUCCUUGCUCUUCAUCCUUACCUGAGGGUCCGGAGUGUCGAAGCCCAGGCUCCUGCCAGCCUCAGAGGAGGACGUCCCAGGGUUCACUGAAGGAGAAGUCUAUGCGGAGAAAGAUGCAGAUUUAUUCCCCAGACAGCCCGAGCGAUGAAUCCCUCAGCAGCCCGAUCCUGGACGCAGACUACCUCUUCCCAGGACCCUUUGCUUCUUUCCUUGAGGAGGACCUCAGUGGAUUAUCUUCCCUGGAGGCCAUUUCAAGCCCCUCCUCUGUAGACGGCUUCUCAGAUCUCCCAAACCUCAGUGAGGAGGAUAUUUUUAAUCUACCUGAAGAACCCCUACACAUAAUAGAGGACUCACUGCCGGGGCUGGGGGACGACAGCGGGGGUGUAGAGACGUCCAGUGCCACAGGGGGGAGCUUUUUGUCCCGCAGCCGUCAGGGGGAUCAGGAGCGACGGCGCUUCUCGGCCUCAGAGCUGAUCUCUAGACUGCAGCUGUCUCAGAGGAAGAGCUCCUUCACACUGAAGCUGGGGAAAUCUCUGUCAGCUCGAGUGGCCUCCAGAGACCGACAGAGCACCAUCAGCCUCGGGCCCAACGCUGACUGUGAGUCCAGAACAGGUCCAACAUCACGGUCCAUUUCAAUCAGAGAUAAGUCCAGCUCGAGGCACCGCAGCUCCGGAGGCUCCAGUGACAGCGCCCCCCACAGUCCUGUAGGACCCCCACCCGCUCUGUCAGGCAGCGACAAUGGCAUGCAUAGGUGGAGCACCAAACUCGGAAUGCGAAAGAAAUCCCUGGAGGAAGACUGCACACUUCCAAUCGUCACCAGUGUUAAUCGCUUAUCACGGUUUUUGCCUAGCUCGAUCCUGUACCAGGAAUACAGCGACGUGGCCAUCAACAGAGAGAUCCAGAGGCAGCAGGGGAAGGAGCCUGGCCCAGAGGAGGAGGGUCUCAGGGACGAGGGGUCAGACGGGACCCCCUCUCCGUCCAAUCUGUCCCCGUCCAGCUCCUUCCGCUCCUCACAAGGCUCUGCCUUUGCACUUUGGCAGGACAUCCCCGAUGUUCGCUCCAGCGGCCAGCUCGACAACUUCAGCAACGAGGAGCGGAAAUUACAGGAAGCCAAGUUUGAGCUGGUGACAUCAGAGGCGUCGUAUAUUCGCAGUUUGACCAUUGCAGUGGACCACUUCAUGUUGUCGCAGGAGCUCGCAGAGUGUAUCGGGACUCAGAACAAGCAGUGGCUCUUCUCGAAGCUGCCUGAAGUCAAAGGCGUCAGUGAGAGGUUUCUUCAGGACCUGGAGCACAGGCUGGAGGAAGACAUUCUGCGUUUCGAUGUGUGCGACAUCGUCCUGGAUCACUGCCCGGCCCUGCGGAGGGUUUAUUUACCUUAUGUGACCAACCAGGCGUACCAGGAGCAGACGUACCAGCGUCUGCUGCACGAGAACCCUCGCUUCCCCGGGAUCCUGGCUCGUCUGGAGGAGGACCCCGUCUGUCAGAGACUUCCUCUCACCUCUUUUCUGAUCCUCCCGUUUCAGAGGAUCACACGGCUGAAAAUGCUGGUGGAGAACAUCUUAAAGAGGACGACACCGGGCUCCCGAGAUGAGGACACUGCCACGAAAGCUUUCAAUGAGCUAAAAAAGAUCAUCAAAGAAUGUAACUCCAGCGUGCAGUCGAUGAAGAGGAUGGAGGAACUGAUUCACCUCAAUAAGAAAAUCAACUUUGAGGGAAAGAUCUUCCCUCUGAUCUCUCAGUCCCGCUGGCUGGUGAAACACGGAGAGCUGCUGGAGGUGGACACGCAGAUGAUGAGUAUUUCUGGAUCAAAGCUGAAGUUGCCCACCAAGCCGGUGUACCUCCACCUGUUCAAUGACUGUCUGCUGCUGUCCAGGAGGAAGGACACGUGGAAGUUCAUGGUGUUUGUCUACGCUAAGAUAGGAGAGCUGAAAGUGAAGGAUCUCAGUCAGAAGCUGCAGGGCAUCUCAGGCUUCAUCUUCCACCUGCAGCUGUGUGAACGCCAGCAGCUCAAACACCAGAUCCUGCUCAAGUCCAACACGGAGAGCGGGAAGCAGAGAUGGAUCACAGCCAUGUUUCCAUUUGAUCCGCUGGAAGACAUCGGGCACGCCACUGAGAAUGACGAUAUAGCCCAGGUUCAGUGCAUCAAAAGCUAUCAGGCCCAGGAGCACGACGAGCUAACCCUGGAGAAGGCCGACAUUCUUCACGCUAAGACCAUUACAAGUGAUGGCUGGGUGGAGGGCAUCAGACUGUCUGACGGGGAGCGGGGCUGGUUCCCCAAAACCUACGUGGAGGAAAUCACGAGUCGCAGCGCUCGCCUCCGCAACCUCCGGGAAAAUAUCCGCAUUAAAUGUGUCACGCAGAAACUGAAGGGGGGCGACUGACUGCAGCUUGCCGAAGGUGCAUUUCACCUGCUGAGUUGCACUUAAAGUUACACAAAACUCCAAAUGCUUUCUCCUCAAGUCCUACACUUUGGGCUUAAUUUAUCCUUAGCUAAGGGACUUGCUUAAGAGUGGUGCACAGAAUCUUAAAGGUUUUCUUAAGGCAUUUUUUGCAUGAAAAGAGAUUUUACCAUAAUGAAAGACUUAUAAUUAGUGAUAUCUGCAUCUUCUCACCAAUUUGGCCUCUUGAUUGUGUUUUUUACUGUUGCUCAAGAAAAAAAGAAGACGAGAGAUCCAAAUUAGUCAGAGAAGUAAAACAUUACACUUAUGGAGGAAUACAAAGAACUGUAAACAACAAAUGUGGGAGGAAGUAGUGGAUGGAUGUGGGACCGAAAAUAUGUUGAGUACGCAGGUGCUUAACCCUCCAACACUUUUUACCUUGUGAGAACAUUUUCGCAUGCUGGAUGAAAGUGGAAAUUAAAAAGCUUUUGAUGCCCUUGUCCAUUUUUAGAUGAAAAGGUUUUUAUACAAUGACUUUGUAGACAAACGUUUCCACCUGGACAGUUCUAACAUUUUUGCCACUCAAUCACUUUAUGACUGUUUUCUAUGAAUGCACCCAUCACCAUUUCAAAAGCCUGAGAAACAUGCACAUUUACAGCACAGGAAAUACAUGUUAUCAUUCCUUGGUUGAUGUCAGAGUUAGUUUUUAUCCUGUCAUGUCUCAUAUGGACAGAUUCCCUUUAAGCAGUCCACGUAUUCAACAAACAUGUGCCCUAGUUACUGAAAUAAAUAAAAGCCUGGUGCAACAGUUUAUUAAUUCCACGUGUUAAAUGUUGGACUGUUAAAACAUGUUUUCCCCUUAUUAAGAGAGCGACUCUCUCCCCUUAGGCACUGUCAAUGUCUGUCUGUAGUAACUGUUUUGCAUGACUGCAUGAACUCUGAUGGUUGUCUAAUAAGGCAGCUGCAGAAUGAUGGUUUAUUUUAAAUUUUCUAAUGAUUUCACAAUUCUUUGAAACACAAAUGAAGGACAGACUUUCCUCUAAACAAGCCUGCACCACACAACUUCUGUUGUUCCUAAUCUGACUAAAGGAUUACACUGUCUAUAUUCUGUAUUUGUAUUAUUAUCAAGAAAUCCCACGAACAGAUCGAAAGAACAACAAUGUACUUAUCUUUCUGACAAGUAUUAUUAGUGUGGCUACUUCCUGAUAUCUUCCUGUGUGCCAUAAAGCUCCAUAGUUUUCCAAAAACUAUUAGAAACACAAACUUGAUCACACUAAUACAGUAUGUGACAUCAUUACCAUGAACACACACACUGGAAUGUACCCCAAAUGUCACUGUAUUCCUCCACCGCUAGAAAUAGUCCAUAACUAAUGCACUACUUACUUUAGUUUCAGUAAAAUGUGCUGAAAACUAGAGUGACCAGCUGUUUAAGUGAAUAAUUAAGCCUUUGUAAUAUUGAAAUUAUAUAUAGAGUGGUGCAAGAAAACGAGUUAGCAUUUUAGCACUUGGGGGUUUCCUCAUCUCUCUAUUUUAUUUUCAAUAAAACUUUAAUAAUUUAAUUUAACAAAACUCCUGUUGUUGUACGACAUAAAAUAUAUCAGUAAAAACCCAAACCAUGGAUGUCUGAUGUGGUGUCGUAAAAGCCGCGGCUGCUAACAAGUGGCUAAGUGAGACUAAAUCUCAUCAUGCUAACCAUUAGCUGCCUUUAGCUUAGCCGUGGGAACAUCAAGUCAUGCAUCCGUGAUUUAGCUCGUUUAUAGCAUAACUUUAGCUAUUUACUUCUGAAGAUUGCAUUUACGCUACAAUAUUUUUUUUUUUAAAAGAAGGAAAAAAAGGUAGUCGAGAAAGCCCCUGAGAAGCCCACUUGUGUUUCUGUCUCAUUUUAAAGAAUUCGGUCACCAGUAGGAACUGGUUUGGCUCGGAGCUGAAGGCCACAGACAGUUAACAGAGGCUUGGUGUUUUGUUUUAUUUCAUGGUAUUUGUUGACAGUCAAAAAAUACAACUAAAUGUCUGGAAAUUGACACCUACUGAUAUCACCUCUUGACGACACCAUUGUUGUGGUGAAAGUAAAACAUUGUGCUUCCUGUUUACUACUUUUAAGCUUUAGCCCCAGUUGAAUAAAAGCUAGACUAUGUCGUGUUAUGCUAAUCAUACAGGGCCAAGUAAUACUGUCAUACACGAAGCACUGAAUGACAUUUCGGUCUAAAUCGGUCCCCUUAUACGUGUACAAAUGACCAAAAGCGCAGUGUAACUGAGCUGUGACCUGCUGUUAAUGAACCACUAUAAUCAACUCUUCCAGUGGCACAUUAAAUGUUUAUAACCCCUUUAUAUUUCUCUAUAUGCGUUGUUAGUUGUAAUUUAAGUGGUUGCUGUUGCAGCAUGUGUAUUUAUACUCCUCUAGCUGGUUGUUCUCUAAGGAGAUUCUGAUGUAAAUGUACUUUACUGUAGAUGGCUUCAUGUGUAAAGAGUAGAAAAUGGUUCAGUUACUAUUUUGACUGUAAUUUAUAUGAACAAAAAUGUAAUACAUUUUAUAAUUACAUUCCACUACUAUAAACUUUUUUUUAUAAUUUUCAUUUCUAAUACCACAUUAUAAAUACUGUAAUACACUGGAUGUUUACUGGAUCUCUGCACACUACUGUAAAUGUUUAACCAUGGAAAUAAAUACAGAUUCUUUCAUUUUAUGUGUUGAAUAAAUGACUUUCAAAACUUAAA